AUGCAGUGGACCUCACUCGCCGCAGUGGCACUCCUCGCCCAUGGAGCUGCCGCUCAGAACAUGCUGCGAUUUGCAUGCUCUCAACUUGUUGUAGACCGUGUCGACCCUCUCGUCAAUCCCGGCAUCAAAUACACUCCCCAUCUACACCAAAUUGUCGGAGGAAACUCAUUCAAUGUUUCAAUGGACAUCAACUCCCAUGAUCUUGUUUCAAAGUCAUCAUGUACCUCGUGCAGUUUCAAGGAGGACUUCUCAAAUUACUGGACGGCUGUUAUGUUCUUCAAGGCGAGGAACGGAACCUACAAGCGUGUUCCACAAGUUGGAAAUGGUGGACCACAAGGGAAACUCGAGAACAAGGGUGGUCUUGAUGUUUACUACAUUCCUAACGGAAAGGUGACAGCAUUCAAGAAGGGUUUCCGUAUGCUUGCUGGUGCCGCCGACAACACUGUUGACUCGAAGGUCACCAAGGCUAACAUUUGCCAUCGUUGCUGGACAUCUAAGACCGAUACCCCAUUCGUCGGUGGUGCUCCAUGUUCCGGCAGUGACACUGUUGGCAUUCCAUUUGCCAACAACUGCCAAAUGAUCAGACAGACCAUCAUCUUCCCAACAUGCUGGGAUGGAGUCAAUCUCGACAGUCCAGAUCACAAGUCUCACGUUGCUUAUGGUUCAGGUUCAGGAGCCAACGGUGGCGGAACUUGCCCAUCCAAAUUCCCAGUCAAGCUUCCUCAGAUCAUGUACGAGGUUAUGUGGGAUGUUUCAUCAUUCCUCGCGGACAAGAGUGCCUGGCCUACGGAUGGAUCCAACCCAUUCGUCUACAGCAUGAACCUCGGUGGAUCUGCUGCACACGGUGAUUACGUCUUUGGCUGGAAGGCAGACACGCUCCAAAAGGCCAUGGACAACAACUGCAACUUGAACGUCGAUUGCCCAAAAGCCGGCAUCACCGCACAAAAGGCCGCUCAAUACAAUGCCUGCACAAUCAACCAACAAGCACCCGAGCCUGUUGAUGGCUGGCUCGCGGCUAUGCCAACUGGCGAGAUGGCCAUCAAAGCCUAA